UAUAUAAAUCAAUGUUCAAACCAAGCCAGGGUCAGUCAAUUCAUUGCAAUUGGAUACUAGUUAUGUCAGUUUAUCAUUUUGAGUGGAGACAUGCCGCUACUGUGCUCCUUGGAAUUUUCGCUGUAGCUGGUGCUAUGGAAUAUGAAUUCAUACGAACCGAAAGUGAAUACAAACAGGAUAAAAUUUGGGAUUAUUCAAAAUUGAAGAUUAAAAAGGUUCGACAAGGAGUGUAUGCGUUUAAUGGACAGGUCGAACUUUUACAAACACUGGACGAUAAAGUUAAGUUCUCAGUGAAGGCUUACCACAGUUCAAGUGGGGCUGGUAACUACCAACUGAUGCCAUAUCAUCUGGACCCCGGAAACUUCUGCAUCUUCAUGAAUAAUGACUACAAGAGGUAUCUUGCUGAAUUAUAUAAAGUUUCCAACUUUCCGCAUGUUACUGAUGAAUAUUAUUGCCCGUUGCCAAAGGAGGUGUACAAAAUAAAAAACUAUGAAUUCGAUGGUACGAAACUUCCAAGCUCGUUUAGGCCAGGAUAUUACAAGGUCCAAAUGUAUUUCGAGAUGCCAAAUGGAGACAAAUCUGGGCUGAAUAUCUACGCUAAAAUUUCUGCAUCGCUAUGAGUAGGUCCCAUAUAGACCCGGGGAUAAGAUAUAUUCCAAUAACUUGGAUGUGGCUCUUCUACUAAAAAUGAUGCUUCUCACAGAAAAGAUAGUGUGUAUUUAGAUUUCUCGCUCAAUGCGAACAAUACAAUUUCCUCAAUUUUC